GAAGGCAGAGACGACACGUACAUGUUUCCAGCUCUCUUGCCUCCUAAGGAUCUGUCUGUCAUGUGGAAGAGAGAUGAGAGUAAGAAGGUGUAUGUCGGUCGACGUCAAGUGUGCAGCAGUCACACGACCAUUUUCAGCCCAUCUGCAUUUGGCAUGUUUCAAUCUAAAGUUUGCACUACAUUAGAUAAGAAAGCACAGCUGUGGAGGAAUGGACUUAUCACAUCACAAGGUGAUGAAGCUAAAUUUCAUGUCCAGUGUUUGAUUGCCAUGGUAGAUCCUGUUCGUUCUGUCGACUUUGUUUGUCGUGGAGGUGAGGCAACAGAAGUAGAAUGCAUUUCCCUGCUCGAAACCGUCAUGUCUCUUUGGACAGAUAUGUUAGACAGAUACAGUCCAGGCACUGAAUAUAAGACUGAAUAUCUGUUCAGAAAGCAUUUAGAGGAACACAAAGAACUGAAACAAGUUGCUGCACACUCAGAGAUGGAAAUCAAUGACGCUAAGGCAAAGAACAAAGGUCCACGCACUGUAGUAACAGAAAAUAGUUGGUGAUGAGCUUUUGAAAGAUAGUCUUGGUGACUUGCUGGUUAUUCUCCCUUCCAAACAAGUAACUCCACUUUCUCCCAGUGCAGUUGUGAAGGCUGUUAUUGAGUAUGGUGUAGAUCAAUGGCUUUCAUUUGCAGAAAGAUUAGGUUUUAAUUUCUCUCAGAUUAAUGUCAUUUGUCAUGACAAAGCCUCUCUCACUGACAAAUUGUCUGCUAUUAUUCAAGCGAAGACUAAGGAAGUUGGUGAUAUGAAGAUGGAUGAUCUGCUGCUGAAGGCAUGUGAACUGUUACCGGAUCCCAUUCAUGCAGCAGUCAAGAGAAGCUUGUCAUUUUCCCAAUAUGAUUAUAGCUCAUAAGUGUGACCGUUAUAUAAACAUUAUAGUCUCUUAAUUUCUGUGUUGGUGUGCAGAGGUGAGGAUCUACUAGCCAUCAUUGUGCCCCUUGUUUUUACUCAGAAAUUUUAUCGU